AUGUCCGCCGGCCAGCGCGUCUUUCCCAAAGCUUCCCGCUGGCGCAACUUCGUCGGCAACCCGACUUUCUGGAGAUGUGUCAAAUAUGGUGGAUGGCUGCCAGUAGCUGUCUUCGUCACGCACAAUGUGUAUAGUGUGGGCAACAUUGGUGGGCCGAGCAUGAUGCCCACGUUCAACCCGGACUAUUACUCGAGCCCCCUGCACUCGGACGUGGUCCUGCUCGAGCGAUGGCAGGUUAAGGGCUCGUUGCCUUUUCUUGGCCAACGGUAUCGCCGAGGAGACGUCGUGACGCUCUGGUCUCCAGUCAAUCCCGAAACACUAGUGACAAAGCGCAUCAUUGCGCUCGAGGGCGACGUCGUGACCCCAUUGCCGCCCAGCGCGCCGGCUCCCUUCAAGAUUCCGCCUGGGCACGCGUGGAUCGAGGGAGACUCGUUCCACAAGACUCUGGAUUCCAACACCUAUGGACCUGUAAGUCAACACGGCGUCAUGUCGAGCGAGAUCGUUGCGGCCGAGGACGGCCAGAGGUUAUCCUUUGCCUCCCUCCCCUCCUCCGUAUCACAAUACAGUCACACCGCAGCGGCGUCUUGCCUCUCCCCGACGCUCUGGUUGCUAACGGCCUAG